AUGAGUUGGCUCUUUUGUUGUGGAGACCAGAAACAAAAAGCUCUUGAGUCUAAAAGCACGCUUGAUCUUUCUAAACCAAUAAUGUAGGUGUAAACAAUAAAGCAUUUUGAAGAAGACGAUGUUACAGCACUCUCAGGUCAGCAAUCUCAUCAAUCAAAAUUACUGCAAGAUAUUCUAGUUUAAAAGCGACAGCAAUCCACAAAUAAAGCUUUCAAGUCACAAAAGGAAUUCCAAUAUGAAAGUGAUUCUGAAGAGACUCCUAAAAUCAAAAGUUAUGGUGAAAUUCAUUCUGCAGAAUAAAAUUAGCAGAUUGAAGAUUAUUAGACAUUCGGAGUAAAGUAAAAUGCUCACGUUAAGAAUUCUCAGAGGAUUAUGAAUGAGAAAAAAUUGAACAAUUAUCUUAUUCAAGCUUAGAAAAUGAUACAGUAAAAUUCACCCAAAAAUGAUUUAAAGCGAUAGAAUGAUGAAUAUUCGGUGUAUGGUUAGGACACAAGGUAGACUGAGCAACUAUCUAUUUAUGAUUCUGAUUAAGUGAGACAUCAUUAAAACUAUCAAUUAAAACUAACUCAAGAUGAUGUUUAGAAUAGAAUCAAACAUGGAAAUAGUCAUAGUAGUAACACUAGCAAGACUCGAAUUGAGAGCAACGAUAUGCUUGGCCACAAACCAAAGAUUGAUAAGGCAAGAAAAUCUCAUGCUAAUGCUGAAAUAUCUUAAACUUAAACUAUGAAAAUUGAAGAUUUCUAGUUUUUAGAGCCAAUUUUAGAAAUUCAAUCCAAUGUAAAAAACUAAAAGAAAUCUAAGAAUCUGGAAUAAAUCACAUCAGACUUAUAUGGUUCUCUUGAAAGAAAAAAUUUAGAUUCAAAAAUUAUUGGUGUAAAUCAACCUCAAAGCGCAAAGAAUGAAUUUAAAUAAGAAAACAUAUUCUCAACGUAGAAUCAAAUCAAUAAAAGAUCAAAUCUAAAUCUUUAAGUAAAUAUUCAAAAUAAGGCAAAAGGAAAUGACAUCAAGAAAUAAUUAGGAUAGGGCCAGAGUAGGAAUGCCGCCUAGAAGAAUUAGGUAUUCGCUUCAUCAACUACUGACAGCUAUCUAAAAAAGAGCAAGAAUUCUUAAUAAUCAAGCAGUUUGGGCAAAAUGACUAGCCCAACCUUCGGAAGAGUAUCAUAGUAGAUAAUGAAUAAAACCCAAUUGAUCUAAAAAUAGAACAUUAGUAACAACAAUAUUUCAAAUUUAAAAGUAGAGCAACAAAUGAACUCCUCAAUCGAAUCACAAAAAGAGAUUUUCCCUUCUCUUUAAAGUGAAUUUUCCUUCUAGCCCAAGUACUUCAAGCCUUAAAAUAAUAAAGGGCAUCCAGGUGGAGGUAUUUCACAGCUAGGUCUUUCAUAAGAUCAAGCCAACAGCAGUGCUACUUUGCCAGGUACCAGAUUUUUUGAAUCUAUGUCCUCUCAAAAGUUGGCUUUAAAGCAAAAUUAGCUCGGAAGUUUAAUUUAGACUCAGCAUAUCAAUGAUGGAUCUCUAGAGAUGAAGUAGGGAUUAUAUGGAACUCCAGGAUACUCUGCUUCCAGUACUAUAAUCCCCAACACUAGAAAUCCUAGUAUCAUUCCAAACAUGAUUCAACCUUCAUUCUUGGUGACUCAAUCUAGCAAGCAAGAUAAAUAAUCCCUUAAUAAUUGA